GAAAUGUUAAACCAAAAUGGAAGCACCAGAAUAACAGAAUUCAUUCUCCUUGGACUCACGAAUCGUCCUGACCUCCAACAUAUCCUGUUUGUGGUUUUCCUUGGAAUCUACAUUGUCACCCUGUUAGGUAACUUUGGAAUGAUCAUGUUAAUCAAACUGGAGCCCCGCCUUCAUACCCCCAUGUACUUUUUUCUCACAAACUUGGCUUUUGUUGACUUGUGUUAUUCUACUAAUGCAACCCCCAAGUUGCUGGAAAUUUUUUUAUCUGAAAGGAAGACCAUUUCCUUUGCUGCUUGCUUUGUUCAGUGUUAUAUUUUCAUUGCAUUACUGCUCACUGAGUUUUACAUGUUGGCUGCCAUGGCCUAUGACCGAUAUGUUGCCAUUUGCAGCCCACUACACUAUAAUGUGAAGAUGUCCAGGAGAGUCUGCAUCUGCCUGGCUACUUUCCCCUAUGUCUAUGGCUUCUCUGAUGGCCUUCUGCAGUCCAUCCUGACAUUCCGCUUGUCCUUCUGUAGAUCUAAUGUCAUCAACCACUUCUACUGUGCUGAUCCACCUCUCAUCAAGCUGUCUUGCUCUGAUACCUAUGUCAAAGAACAUGCCAUGUUCAUUUCAGCUGGGUUCAACCUCUCCAACUCUCUGGCCAUCAUUCUUGUCUCCUAUGCCUUCAUCCUGGCAGCCAUUCUUCGCAUUCGCUCUGCUGAUGGAAGGAGAAAGGCCUUCUCCACCUGUGGCUCUCACAUGAUGGCUGUCACUUUGUUUUAUGGGACUCUCUUCUGCAUGUAUGUGAGACCACCUACUGAUAAAAGUGUUGAGGAAUCCAAAAUCAUAGCUGUGUUCUAUACUUUUGUGAGUCCUGUGCUGAACCCACUCAUCUAUAGUCUGAGAAACAGAGAUGUGAAAGUGGCUUUGACGAAUGUGCUUAGGAGGAAUGUACUGAAGAAGAUGGUUUCCAAUAUGCCAUAG